AUGCGUAAUACGAGAAAUGAGUCGUUCCUGGAACCCUAUAUCCAAGGACUGACCGACAGGCACAGCUGUCCUGUGGGCACAUCUCCCUCGCCUCCACCCGUGAGAGUGGUACUGCCUCCACCCCCAGCGGAUACAUCAUCCAGAUCUAUCUCCAGAGAAUCCUUGAUUUCUUCCAAUGGUGGAUCCGAUGCCAGCAGUGAAGCUAGCGAAGGAGAUGGGUAUGGAGCAACAUGUGAUAUUAGUCUUAUGGAACGAUUGCGUUUGUCUAACCAAAUAUGGUUUUUACCUGGCAUUCAGAGGGCAGGAGCGUUUCACCUCCUGCAGGGCAAGGAGGAGGGCUGCUUCGUUGUGAGGAAGUCAUCUCAGUCGGACACCAUGGCACUCUCGGUACGGCUACCACCAGACAAAGGUCCAUAUAUAGAACACUACCUCAUUCACAGCUCAGAGGGCCGCUUAGGGUUAGAAACAAGCGAAAAUCGUUUUAUAGAUAUGGCCGCCUUGAUUGCUCACUACGCCAGUUGUUGUGACGAACUACCGGUACAACUUACCCUGCCGAAAACAAUAAGGGAAUGUAAAAGUAGACAGCAGCUAUCUUCCUUAGCCUUAUUAGGACAGGAAUUCUGGAGCUAUAGUCCCCCACCCUCGGCUGCUUCGAGCCCAGAUGCGGAUUUAAUCCUUAAUCUCAACCCUUUAAUGAGUACCUUCAAGCAAGCGGAACCUGCAACGCCGGUACAGAACAAACCGGCGAGGCCUAACACACUUAAUUUGCUCAAUAAAAAUGAUCCGAAAUCUGAACUGAUAAAAAGUACCACAUCUCUGAAAGCCAGCGAUUCUUUGGGGAAGAAUCCUCCACCUCCACCACCUAGGUGGUCAAAACCAACAACACCCCAACAAAGUAAUUUUACAGUUACCACAACAGUAACGUUCAGUGUGAACUCUCAAAGCCCCAGCAAUGAGAAACCCACGCAAUCACAAAGUGAAAUGAUUCAUUGCGAUCCCAAGAGAAUAUCGCCUGAAGGACAGGGAAAUAAUUCGACAGUAUCAUCUAGAGGAAGUCUGAGAAACAAAAGUAUAAGCAACGUGACAUCACCAAACUCAGUACUAUCCCCUAGUUCGGAUAGUUUUAUUUCACCUGACACUCUCUCUCCGUUGUCGGUUACUAAAGGUACUCGACAUAGCAAAAGGACCAAAAAUAAAAUUUCAAAACAUUAUCAGGAAAGCGAUAUAGUUGAUUCACCGACAAUGCUCUAUUAUAAGAGCGGUUUGGGUGACAAGAUCAGCGAUUAUGAAGACGUGUGGACCAACGACGGUCAAGUAAUCAAACCUAAAAGCAAUACCAAUGGAAGUGGACACCUGGUCUCGCCAGAUAUUCUCCAACAUAUGCCUGGACACAUAGUUUCUCUAAAUAAUAAUGUACUGAGCCCUACAGAUUCCUCGCAUCAUAGCUCAUCGCACAGGAGUUUGUGUGGUACACCAGUUCAAAAUGGUUCAAAUAAAGUACCUAACAGACAGUCCCCAGCUACGGAUUUUCUGUCUCCGCCUCAGCACGAGGACCAAUCUAGCCCUCACACACCUAAACAGCAGAGCCCUUUCUAUGCGGAACCCGCCGAUUCAUUGGCACCUGUACAGCAGAUACCACGAAGAAUCAUUAGCAGGGUGGCGCCGGGCAUUCCCGCACACCAUCGACAUUCUAACCCGCCGGGACUAAACUCGAUGAAGUCCAUUAAUCCAGUUCUCGAAAAAGUCGACGAUUUUGGAGAAUUCAAUGGAGGUUUAAUGUCAUCGUCGGUCGACAAUCUCAGUCCGAAGCAAAGAUUUUUGGGUUUAAGAAAGACAGAAAUCAAGCCCGUGUUGCCGCCAUUCGUCAAACCAAAAUUAUAUGCGAACGAAAGUUGGCAAGUGGACAACAGUUGGAAAUUUAUGACUCACGAAGGUGAUAUAACAGUGGAAUCUAGCGAGCCAGACUACGAGUCCGACUGGCAGGCCAUUCCCAAUUUACUAAGUUCUUUGGAUAGCUACACCCCGGAUAAUUUAGACGGACAAGUUACCUUGCAAGAUCUCAUAAGCAAACGAUUUCCCGAUAUACGUACCACUUCAAACGUGGUAGCUGAAGGGGAGCGUUACCGCAUGUCCUCCUAUGACAACGUGGAAGAGAGGAGAGUACCGCGGGCACCUCCCUCAGAAAUUAGCGAAUUGACGGAAUUUUCCGACCCAUGGGCCGAGCCGAAUCAGGUCAUCACCGAAACGGACGAAUCUUAUUCGGAGACGCCUCAGAAGAUGAAGUGCGCUUCGAUUGGCAGAUCGAAAAGUUUCCGGGACCGUUUAGAUCCAGUUAUUGCGUCAACACCUAUUGAGGCAAUGAAGAACGCGGAACACAGCAACGGCCCCAAAACCGUUGGCUCGGCGAUAAGAAAUUACGCCCUCGAACUUGCUCAAGACAAAAGUACAACGUUUGCUCAAAACAUCGAUAAUUUUAUAGCUUGCACCUGCGAAUCCAAAGAGAUUAGUCCGCAGAUAGUUAUGCGUAAUAUGAGACAAUUUAUGUCCGGCAUGAAAAACUACCUGGUGAAGCAUGGCGAAAAGGAAUUUUACAAAGAAAUAGAACGAGAGAGGAAUAAGCUAAAGUCGACUGAAUUUUUAAACCUGGACGCCAUACUGGAAGGUGUCAUGCACAAAUUGGUUGUGAAACCGUUAAAGAACCAUCUCCAAAAACUGUUUCUAGACCACUAUACAAAGACUGGCGCUAUCAGACUUCUGGCUGAUAACAUUCAAUACGCCGCCACGCGGCCUCUAUGCGAACUAGCAAUAAACUCGAAAAUAACACUACCAUCUGAAAAUAUGCUCAACAAGAUUUCGGUCAUUAUACAGAGACUUCAACAAUCCGAUUCCCCUUUAGACAAACUGGAAUAUCUCUUGGCCGCUAUAGCUACAAUAUUCAGUUCUGUUAAAACGGGACACUUAACAGGCUCGGGACGUAUGGUCCAUUUAGGAGCGGAUGACUUUUUGCCGAUUUUCGUUUGGGUUCUGGUCAAAACGAACUUUGUAGCCGCCGAAAUAGAAGCCGAAUACAUGUGGGGUCUUUUGCAUCCUUCGCUGUUCAGUGGCGAGGCCGGGUAUUACCUAACCACCUUAUCUUCUGCGGUGCACGUACUUAAAAACUUUAAAAAGGGCUCUGAAGAAAACAACAUGAAAAACCACGUUGAAAAUGAUUCGGUGUUGAAAGUUGUUGUACCAGACGAACUCCACGGCUCAAUAUUAACGAAAACUUUACCGGCCCGACCUCAUAUGACUACCAAAGAAGUGUGCAAAAUUAUUGCCCACAAAGCCAGAAUUACCAAUCCUCAGGAUUACGCUCUUUACAGACUCACCGAUGGCGAAGAGACGAUGUUAUUAGACAACGAAUGUCCACAAGAUUUCAUGAAAGAAGGAAAACAUACCAUGUUGGCCUACAAAAGGAUAGACGCGAAAAUCGCCUGGCCUACACAGGAUAAGCUCAAAAUCUAGUCAUUUGUUUAUUGUUACUUUGUUGCCUGUCCUGUUAUAUUACCACAAGCCCGUGUAAAUACAUCCUAACCUAACUAUUAAUAUAUAAGAUAUAAUAUAGUGUAAAAGUCCUGUAAACAAGAAAUAAAUCCAACAAUCCUUUUGAUAUAAACAUUUAACAGUUUUUACUACUCUUGUCACUCAAUACUAUAUUAGGCUACAUUAUUUAUUUCGAUAAACUACUGUGAAUUAUGUCUUUUUAAUCCAAUUUUUUUAAUUUAUUAAAGUGUACUAAAUAAAAAAAUAAUAUAUUCUUA